UCAGUUUAAAUAAUUAAUGUGGUACAUAUUUUUUGUGAAAUUAAAAUAAAUUAUCCGUUUUGUAUUUUUCAGUUCUAAUACACGACGAACAUGAAGUACUUUUACCACGUCUUGUUUUCACUUGUGAUUUUAAACAGUCACUAUUUUGUAAAUUGCAGAAUUAAUGCCACCGAAUACAAAAAUUACAUCGUCGGCGUGUUAAGUCAUCUUUUUAAUCAACAAGGAUGGAAAUCGAUGCCACACGUAAUGGAGAAAAGGGGAAUUCUAUACGAACAUUUUUCACGCCAAGCGGUUGUAGACAUUAGAGUGUUGCGUAUGAAUUACCAACAACUACUGCACUUGAUCAUUUUUUCGCUUAACUGCAGGUACGCCGAAAUACUGUGGUACUUCAACGAGAUGAUUAAAAGCAUCAUAGACAAGUGCGGCUUUUAUUUGGAAAAGGCAAACUCGAAACAUUUCAAUAAUUGUACCGUUUUACUUUAUGGUUCGGUGACAAUGUCAGCCGACAUGUUCGGCAAACUGUUCGAUGCCUUGCGGUAUAUGAGCCAAAUAAAUUUGAAGAACAUUAACGUCAAUAUGGAAUCUCCGUUGACGAUAAUGGACCGGAUUCGACCGUUUUACGAAUUCGCCAAUUACAAAACGAAUCGGAGUCCGUUUGAAUUAUCAGUGGCUAGCGACGAAGAUAUUUUUCGCGAGUUCGAAAACAUCAAAAGCUUCUUUGACGAUAUCGGAAAGACCGGCGACUUGCACACACUCGUCAACAAUCAUUGUUCGUCUUCAGACGUGAAUCGAAAUCGCGUUCCGCUAUAUUUGCAAACGCCCCACGAACGAGGAGAAGCUCCGAAUGAAAUCGACGAGUCCGCCAACCUCAACGCUAUCGGACGUUUAAUGAUGAAUUUCUACGGUCAUACGAUAAAAAACGAUUACCAAGACAUCGGCUUUGCGGAACUGUUGGAUACCGACAACUCCACGUUCUGGCCUCCCACAGACAAAGAUGAAGAAUACCUUACAAUUUUAAACGCGAUUAUGAAUAAAAACGGUUGGAACAAUUUAAAUCACAUAACUCUUAUAGAAUCAAAUCAACUAAUAACCGUUGGCGAUUUCUUAAGACUCGUAAACGUGGACGACAAUUGCAACAAACGUAAAUAUCUGUCGAAACUCUUGCGUUGCAGGUACACCGAGAUACUCCAAUCUUUCAACGAAAAGUUGGGCUCGUUGUUAUCUCUUUGUGUAGACGAACAGGAAAGCAACAACACGACUUCGUUUAUUCAUUGCACGAUUCGACUGUACGAUACGAUCAACAGGUCCUCUCACAUGUUCGAUCGGCUGUUGUCCGCGCUGAUCACCAUAAGGAAAACGACCAAUCAUUAUGCGACAAGAAAUAAACAAUUGCUUAUCGAAAAACUCAUUGAGGAUUUUUCUAAAUUCAUUAAAAUCUUGUCGAAAAUGUACCCUUCCGAAAGUAUUUUCAUUGACUUAAACGACACCAACGAUAGAGCCGUGGCCAGUAAAUAUCUUAAUGAAAUUUCGUAUAUCCAUUCCAAACUUUUAGUCGAUUACUUACACGCAAUGGAAUCGUACAAUUCUAGAGAUUGCAUAAUAGAAAAAAAGACGUCGGAAUUAACCGAUACGUUAGAAUUGGCCAUAGCAAAAAAUAAUUUAUCGCCCAGUGACCAAUUGGAACUCGUAUGUAUGAAACUCAACAGUUUCUACGAAAACGUCGUGCUAUACGAUUGUGAAAAUCUCGGUUUUCACUAAAUUACAAGCCAAUUGUUUAUCGAUACACAAACACUUUUUGUACAACGACUAUAUUUUUUUAUACACGUACAUGUACAGAGAUUAAUUA